GUCAAGUCUGGCAUAAUGAGGCCGGUCCAGCCUUACAGCCUCAAUCAGAGUUCAGGCCGAGACAGGCACGCGAAAAGACAGGCCCACAGGGGAUUUCCAGGACUAAGCCCACUAAGCCCCAGCCAGACACAUGCACACGCCCGAGUGUUUCGAUUAGACCGUCCACACCCGGAGCAGGUCAAGCAAGUCAAGCAGGCCGAGGAGGGCCAUCGCCACCCAUUCCCCCCCUGCCCGCUUCGAGUGAUCCACCGGUCCAGGUGGACGCCUCCUAACCGUGAUCUAAGGGUCCGACCCGCCGGACUGGCUGCGCUUCGCCCCGGGGGUUCGUCCUCGACAGCGGUAACGAUCGCGUCAAAGGGCCGGAAACGCGCUUGGCGGGCUGAGGCCGAGGCCCAGGAAGAUCGGGAGAGACGGCAGAACCAACCGGAGCCUUUGGAUCGAGAGCGGAAGGCGGAGGAUGAAGGCCAGGGAGGUGGACCGCCCCGCCCAGUCAACGGACGCCACCCACGCCCGACCCGGGAUUAUUCCGGUCGAAGUCCGCGUCGUCGUCGCCGCCAAAAUCGCAAGUCACAGUCCUCGCGCUCGCCUUCACACUCGCCAGGCCGACCAAACCGGGUAGACACACCCCGUCCGACCUCGUUGUCGGCCGCCCCCGCCUCUACCUCUGCUGCCACCACCACCCUGUCCUCGUCCUCGUCGUCGUCCACCUCCACCUCCACCAUGACCACCGAGCUGAGUUCGGAUUUCGAUGAGAAUCUCUCGACCUUGUUGAGCAUGGGCUUUCCGGACUUGGACGAGAUCAAGCGGGCCUUGAAAACGUCCAAGAACGAUCUGGUUGAAGCCGUAUCGAUUCUCACCAAUGACGUGCCGUCCAUUUCGUCCAAACGCGAUCACUCGGAUUUCUCGUCCGGUUCCAACGCCGGAUCGACCCAAGACGCCAAGAUCGGGCCCGAAAACAUGGAGCAGGACGAGACCGGCUUUCCAGUAGGGAAUCUGUACGAGCUAGAAACUCGCGUGUUCCAGGAGAAUUGGAGCAUUCCAUACAAGCGCGAGGAGUCCUUGGGCAAAUGUUUAGUGGGGGCCACUAAACUAGCUCAAGAUGGUCUGAUGGACUCCCAUGAGCAAUGCACCCGUUUCAUAGACAAGAUCCUACCGGAAGCCUUUCGCAAGUUGCUCUCCUCUAAUGCCACUCAGCGGUGGCAAAUUGAGAUCCAGGAAGGCAUUCAAGACAUGCUCUUCCUACUCAUUGAUCUGGUCCUGGCCCGAGUCAGUGGCGAGCCAUUGCCUUAUGGCUUGUUGCAAAUCCUCACAUUAGCCUUCGACAUCAAGAACGGUUGGAACUACACCAAUCGGCAACGACACUCGCGGUUAUGGGAAAGUGCUAAUCGAACCACGCCCGCCGUUGUGUUCGCUCAGCCUUUGGAAGCGAGUCGGAGUCACGAGUACGAGUGGUUGUGCGAUCUGCUGAAUCAUUUCGGUCAAUCCAAUGGAUUCAAGAUCUUCAUCGAUUUAAUUGAUAAAUAUGAGAGCGACGGCAAGUUGGACGUGCGUGUUCUGGCCGCCUUGCUCACACCCUUUGGGGGUUGUGCGGAAAUACUGGUUCAAAGUGAAGUUGACCCCAUGUUAGGGCCGUGCCUAGACAAGACUUUUAAAGUGAUUGAGCAUCUGCAAGACUCGGAUAUUCGAGGUAAAGAGAUCACGGCCGUCUCCGAUUUGCUGACAUCUUUGAAGCUGAUUUGUCAUCACUUCAAGUCAUCCAAGAGCGAUUUUUGUGAUGAUCAAAGACUCGGUAUCAUCUUGCGCAUGUUGAAGACCCCGCAUUUCAGUUCGAAGAUGAAUGCCCUAAAAGAGGUGAGUCGUCUCAUUGACGAGAGUGCGGAUCGAAACCGAGGUUUGAGUGUGGAGCAAGUGGUUGAUUGGAUGGUGGAAAACCAAGUCCUGUCUGUGACCCUCGAAGGCAACAUUGACCAAGUUCAAUACACAGAUCGAAUUAAAUCAAUAGUUGAAUUCCUUGGACCUCGACUCUCCUUGGAGGAAUUGACCAAGAUGUGGAAGCUUCAAGAAAGCUCGAAUGCCCAUGUGACGGAUAAUAUUUACGCCAUCAUGUCGGGCGCUGCGGCCAAAUUUAACAUGAGCCAAUUUGAUCAUCUCACGGCGUUGAUCAAAGAAACCUGGCAAAACGCCACAGAUCGAGUACGAGAAAAAUUAUUGGUCCUGAUUGGCCAAAUUGGCAAAGAGGCCACUCAAAGUAAGUCCACGCGAGCCAUUCUGGAAGUGCUAUGGGAAAUAUCCCAUGUCGACGGAUUGCCUCGUCCUUUGGUGGAAAAUGCUCUCAAAGAACAACUAGCCAUCCUAGCCGAGAUGACAGUGAACAAAGUGGCUGUGAGAAAGAUUUAUAUUUUGAAAUGCAUCGACGAUAUCAAGGCGAGCACUCGACACGCCGUGUCCUCCGUCAAACACUUGCAUGACAUUUGCCGGACUUUCUCUAAGGGAACUUCAUUCUAUCAAAAAGCCGAUAAGAGCACCCUCGGCGAGCUCAAUCAGCAACAUGAAAUCGUCAAGUGCCUUUCCAUGUCCCUUCAGCAAUGUCUCGAUAAAGCCGACAAGACCGCCCCCAUACUGGGACCCUCGAAUCAACUUCUGCAUUCACAUAGCGAGCUCAUCUCGUGUCAUCUGGACCUUUUGGCCUUCUUGCUAAAAGAGGGCGAUCUCUAUCUGUCAUGGAGCCGCUGUAAAGAGUUGUGGAACACUUUGAUCAUCAACCCCAACACAACAAGCAAGGACAAGGAUGAUCUGUUCGUUUGGUUUGAGACUUGCAUCAGUGAUUUAGAACAGAACACAUUGCUAGAUUUGUUCAAGCUCAAAAUGUUGUCCUUUGACCCAGCUGAUAUCACUGAAAAAGCCUUUAGCUGCUUCAAAGCCUUAUUUGAAAUCAUCAAUGUGGCGAAAGGAUUCCUGAAAAAGUCCACUUCUUCGAGCUUAAUCGUUGAAAAUCGAGAACUGGUGGGCAUGAGCUAUCUCUGGAAGAUUGUGUCUGAAUGCGAAUCGGACGAGAUCGCCGACAAGGCCAUUGAUUAUUUGCUCAAGACGAGCUACUUCAACCUGAGUUCGUCUCUGAAGGCCAAUCUGGUUGAAUUGCAUCAGGAUUUUUUCACCAGUUGUUAUGGGCUUUUGGACGUAGCCCUAAGAUCCUCGAGUGUGACUGAAGGAGUUGAACGAGGAUUGGAAAUCGAGGCCGCUCGGCGAUCCUCGUUUUCGGAGACGCUGACCACUGUCAGAAUAUCGAAUCUCUCCAUUCUGCCCUUGGAUCUCAAGGGGAAGACCUUGAGAACCGUUUCUAGAAUAUUUUUGCUCCUGGAGUGCUACAUCUCUCGCAUUGAAGAGCUAUUUCCAGGCGAAAGAACCCUUCUACCUCAUGUGGCUGCUUUUCAUGGGAGUGGCGUGGAGAUCAAUGUCGUCCACGAAAGUAAAAAUGAAGAGCAUCAAGUCCUGACCCACACUAAUGAAUACAUUGGGAACAUCAAGAAACGAAUCAGUGCUGAAACUGGGGUGGUCACGGACAAUCUGAAGUUGUUUUUAGACGAUGUUGAAAUUUCGAGUGCCAAAAACAAGUGCUUUCUACAUUCCUUAUCGUCAGAACCGGAACAAAAAUGGACCUUGAAAGCCCAAGGCGGAACCUCCACUGCGUUAGUGCUUUUCCAAGAUUCGGUUUCGCCCAAUCAGAAGAACGGAGGUGAUCUCUUUGAUGCCAUGACAUCUUCCACGUCGUCGGGAGAGGAUUCGAAUACAGCCUUGGAGCAAAUGGAAAAGGAAUUGCCCGGCGUUGUGAUGGCCUUAAAAGGAAAGAUCUUCUGGGUGCUCAACCAUCUCUCAUCCAUCAAUGACCGUCAAGUGGUACAAAGACUUCGCAAACUCAUUCACAUCAUACCUACAGAUUCUGCAGUUUUAGACAAUUUGGACUCGGUGAGUUACUACUUUGCCCUCGCAGGCUCCUCCAGAGCGGCCGAUGCCAGUCCCAAAAUGAGUCCACGAUUCAAGAAAGCGCCCGACGUCCUGGAGAGUCUGGAAUCGGUUCGAGACUGUUUGAGCAAACUCUUUGAUCCCACCACCGAGGGAAUGGGCGCAUUCAAGCUUCUAUACAAUCUGGAAGUGUUAUCAGGGCGUCUAAUGCCAACCAAAAACGACACCGUCCUGGCGAGUGCGGCUCAAAAGUUUUCGAACCACUUUGUUCAGGCUGGAGGAUUGGAAUUGAUCUUGCACGUUCUAGAUCGUCAAGCCAUGGCCCCUGACGUGGACUAUGAUCUCCGACAAUCCGUGUACCUUAUCACUCUGCAAAUUGCACACCACCUACUCUGCGGCCAGCCUGCUAAGCUUCAAAUGUGCACCAUCACUUCCCCGGGAAUGAAGCCAACUCCGCCCAAACGAUCUGCCUUGGAUUCAUCCUUGAGUACAUCCAAAUCGCCCUCGGUAAUAUCAGCCACCAAGAAAGUGCAGACCAUGAAAGAUGACCAAUUCUGGACCAUGAUAACAUGUUUGAUGCGCGUGAUUUGGGCUGCUGCGGCUGGUAAUCUUCAAUUGGCGACCAGUUCCAUGUCCAAGCCCAAAUUGGGCGAUCACCCUCGAUUUCAGUUGGGUCGGAGGAGUCGUGACAGUUCCACCGGAAGUUCGGGAAGUGAAGGGAGCUCAUCUGAGGCUGCACCAAGCUUACACUCGGGUGUGUGCUCUCAACAGAGUUUUGUCAAUGACGGCGAUUGUCGAAUUGCCGGUGGAGCCUUCGAGCUGAUGAUCACCUGUCUAGAGAUGCGAACCUUGAGCAUAGCCAAGUUCUUCACCCUCCCGUUGGUGAGCGACUUCAUUGUGGACAUUGUCUUGGGCUCUCAAAGUGGCUUUGUCCGUCGAAAAGCCUGUCAGCAACUCAUUCGACUCACGAAUAUUCGUGUGGCUGCUCGUUCUUUGAACUUGGACAAUCUAGAGUCCAAAGGCCCCCUCACUCCCAAGCAAUUGCUAACCAAGGUCAUCCUCAAAAGUCCAGUUCCUUUGUGGAUGCCCUCGUCAAAGUCUCGGGGAAUUAGUCCCAUCAUCUUGUCCCAUAGUGCGGAAUACUUUGACCUGAGAUGUGCACUUCUGCGAAGCUUGGACCUACGAGAACAGAAGGAGUUCGAAGUCAACGCCAAAACCAUGAUCGAUGACGAGCUGACCUUCUUGCAGAAUUUCACCGUGAGCAAUCGAUUCGAGGAUUGCACUCUCUUGGCAGGCCAUUUGAAGCUAGUGGAAACAUUGCUGACGUGCGAGGGGAUAGAUAAGAAGAAAUUGGGCAAGAAACUCGUUUUCAAUCUCCUGGCUUCGUUUCUCUUCCCCGCUUCUCGGAUUCGAACCGACGCCUCCGACCCGUGCUCUCGCAAGCAGAACUUGAACUUCAAUCCUAAAUGCGACAACACCGAGUCUCGUGUGGCCGCCUAUAAUCUGCUCAUCCAACUCGCCAAAGGCUGUAGUAGUAAUGCCUCCUUGAUUGUGGGAGAACUAAUUCAGAUCCACCAUUUUUUCAAUGAAAAUCAACUAAAAGAAUUCGAUAACGAGCCGUCAGUGGAGCGCCGAGCUGAUUCCAAUUUUGUCGGUUUGAAGAAUGCCGGUGCCACGUGCUACAUGAACUCCGUCCUCCAACAACUAUUUUGCACCCCGGGAAUUUGCGAACAAGUUCUGUCCAUGAACAUCGACAACUACGAGGAAGAUACCAUCUACUAUCAAUUGCAGAAUGUGUUUGGUCAUCUAAAGGAAUCUCAAUUGCAGUUUUACAAGCCCGAGAAGUUCUGGCGCUGUUUCCGAUUGUACGGACAACCUGUGAAUGUUCGAGAGCAACAGGAUGCCUUUGAGUUCUACACACAGAUUUUGGACCAGGCCGACGAGCAUUUGGCCAAGUUUAACAAAGCGAAGACCUUCAAGGCUCAGUUUGAGGGUGUGUUCUCCGAUCAGAAGAUCUGUCAAGGAUGUCCUCAUCGAUAUGAACGAGAAGAGACUUUCAUGGCGUUGAAUUUACCCGUCAAGUCGAACAAUCUCCAAGAGUCUUUGGAUCAGUUCGUCAAGGGCGAAUUGCUUGAAGGUGACAAUGCCUACUUUUGUGAGAAAUGCAAGGUCAAGAGGAACACGGUCAAGCGAAUGUGCAUCCGGACCCUGCCCCCGACAUUGGUCAUUCAGCUCAAACGGUUCCAUUACGAUUGGGAGACGAAUAGGUCCUUGAAGUUUGAUGAUGUCUUCCAAUUCCCAUGGACGAUCGACAUGGGUCCUUACACCACUGAAGGUAUCCAUUUGAAAGAGAAAGCCAGUCCUAACGAGUUAGCCAUCGAAUUGGGCAAGGAGCCUUAUCGGUUAGUGGGCGUUCUUGUCCAUAGUGGACAGGCAAGUGCGGGUCAUUACUACUCGUUCAUCAAAGAGCGCAGGUCCAAGAACAUCUCGGGAUCGAACCACGGCAAGUGGUUCAAAUUCAACGAUACCACGGUGGAAGAAUUCGACAUGAACAACGACUCUCUCACCACCGAGUGUUUUGGGGGCAAUUACAAGGUAAAGAAAGAUGAUUCGAAUACGUCCAACAGCCACCUGCCCGAGGAACGACAGCGCUAUUGGAACGCCUACAUGUUGUUCUACGAAUACACGGGCUCGCCCAGUACGAAGAGCGGCAAAAUGCCGAGGAAGAAUAGCUCUCAAUCCCAAUCACGCUUAAGUGCUCGGAAGAAUGCCCGGAAGACCUCGGAACCCGCCAUUCCUCCCCGAGAAAGCUUCUCUCAACUGAGUGAUUUGGUGGUGAAAGGGGAAGAGAAAGGAAUCUUCCUCAACAAGAUGCCGCCCCCGAUUGAACGCGAUAUCCAAGAGGAAAAUCUAAGAUUCUUGGAAAAUCGAGAUGUGUUCUGCCGUGAAUACUACACUUUCAUCACGGAGCUGAUUCAAGUGAACAUGACUCGAAAACCUCAGAUGAGUGAUGACGAAUACGAUCAAUUGGGCACUUACUCCCUGCGUCUCGGGAUUCAUUUCCUUCUCAACACAUACUUUCAUCUGAAGCGCAAAGAUUCAGCUUUGAUUGGAGAGAUCGUGAAUGCUUGCCAGAGUCUCUGUCGGUCUAGUUUGAAAUGCUGUGAUUGGCUUCUCUCCUUUCUCAUUGGCGAGGGUCAGGUCUAUUUGCGACCAUUUCUCAUCGAAUGCCCAUCCAAAGAGGUCCGACACAAUUCGGCCAGGAUUGUGCUCAUGGCCAUGGAGUUUUACGAAAAACACCACGGGUCGGAUCAGGACGAGAAAGUGGCUUCUUUGUUGGUUCACGUGGUCUCCAUUCUAAGCCAGGAUGUGCCCAAUCAUGGCAAGCAUUCAGGACAAUUCUUCUGGCUACUUUCACAAUAUGCAAGAUUGGGACCCAAACACUGUCAAAAGCUCUUCAACUUGAACGCCUUCUCUCACGUGUUCAAGUUCCUUCUGGGUUGCGAGCCCGAACCAGAGAAUCCCGAGGAUCUUCUCAACCAACGCCGUCGUUGGACUGGUUUGCAAAUUAGAGACUUCGGCGAGGUUCAUCUCGUCUUGGCCCAUAUGAUUCUAUCCUGCGAUCUGACCAAACAUAGAGAUAUCAUAGACGAUUCCAAGCCCCCGGACAGUGUUGCUAGUAACGUUGCAAGAGCGCAUGGCGAUAGCUCUGAAGGGCGUAACCCAAUGCCCUCCACUCUAACCAACGUUCUCUUUGGAGCCAUUGCCCCGUUGUUUAUUCGCGAAUGCAUCUGCGCCAUCAAAGAAGACAACACGGAAGGAGUUGGUCCCAUAAUGGAAAUGCUUGUUCAAGUGGCCUUUAAGGACUCAAAGUUCUCGGAGAACCUAAUCUCGGAGCUUCUCAAGCAAUACAGCAAUGCUAAUCCGGGAGAAUUAAAGAACCUCUCCUCAUUGCUUUGCGACAUACUGGUCCUACAAGAUUCCUUCCAAGGCGAUAGAGUGAAAUAUGUGAUAGAGGGGAAAGAGAGCUCCUCUGUAGAGGGUCUUCUCACCCUCGUGACGAAUAAUCAGUCUUCCGAAAGCCGAACGUAUCAAUGCAUCAAGACCUUAGUGGUUGCCUCGAAUCGGAGCUCUGCCGUCAAGGAUUACCUACUCCAAGACUCGAAGCGAUGGGAAUGGGCUGUGAAUUGGUUGAAAUCCAAAAUGUCGGACGAUUUCAAUUGGAAUUCCAACGAGGACGUCGUCUCGAAUGAGGACUCGAAUAUCCGGACAUUCCAUCGCACCACGUCCGCUCAAGUGACUUUAGAUGAGGCCAAUGCCAUUUUGGCCGAAUUCGGGGGAACCAAGAGCCCCAAAGAGUUGCUCGUCCCGUCGUGCUCGAGGUCGAUUAGUACAACCAAAAAGACUGCUGCUUCACUUUCGACCGGUACUCAAUCCCAUUGUGAAGGAAUGGAGACCGAUCAAAAAUGUGAAGAUGAAGAGAUGCCAGAGCACAGUUGAAUUGAAACGCCCUCAACGAACUAAUGAAUGAAUGGGCUGGAUACCCACUAUUUUUAAACCUUGUUAUGAUUCAUUCACAUUCAUAAUAUUGAGCUUUGUUGUUGAAAGAUAUUUUGCUUAGAAAAAG